AUGCACUCUGAUAUUACUCAGUUCGUUGUCGGCAAAGACCAACAGAAAAUCUUUAUCCAUGCGGCUUUAAUAAGCCUCUUCCCAAAGGAGAUCCUCCAACCUCCUAUGAUCGAAGAAUUGGACAAUGUACUCUUUGGCCGUUGCUUCGAGCUUGUGUAUUCUGGUGAUUACUCCGUCCCCUCUCCGAUUUGCGAGCCCCACAAUUGUCAACCCGAUAUCACCUCAUCGACGGAAUUUAUGAGACGACAGGACCCUACUAGGCUUACCUAG